GUCUUCUAAUGAUAUCGAAUGUUCAUUGGUAAAAGUCACAGCGUCGAUACGGAGAUCUCAACUUGCUUUUGUACAACUACUCCUUCGUUUUACAACUUUUUCGAAACUUCAGUUCCCAUUCGGUAACAGGUUCAAAACACCAACCUACGGUAUCAAACUACAGACACAUAUAUACAUACACGUUAUAGUCAGCCCCUAGGUAUCUGCCGUUUACUCUUAAUACUCUACCUCUAUCUUCCAAGGUUCCUACUUAACCUUUAGCGUACCUACCUGGUACGUAUCUCACGAUGCGCCUUUUAAAUGUUCAAAGUCUGGAACUAGUCUAUUUCAAUGGCCCAAGUAGAGCUCCCGAAUAUGUUAUUCUUUCCCAUACAUGGGGGGAGGAAGAAGUUACUUUUGCGGACAUGUCGACGAAGAAUUUCAGACAUAAAAAAGGGUUUUCCAAGAUUGAAGGCUGCCGGAAAUUAGCUCGGAAAUGGGGUUUCGAAUGGUUCUGGGUUGAUACGUGUUGUAUUGAUCAAUCGAGCAGUUCUGAGCUGUCGGAGUCCAUCAAUUCGAUGUAUGAAUGGUAUGAGUGGGCUAGGUUUUGCUUCGCCUACCUCGCCGACCUCCCUCACCUCCCCCACUCAAACUAUCCAGGCUCCCCUAUACCUCUAGACGCCUCGGCCUUUCGGAGGAGUGACUGGUUUCGAAGAGGCUGGACAUUACAGGAACUUCUAGCACCCAGAUGGGUCAACUUUUACGAUGCUUCGUGGGAAUUUGUUGGGGAUCGAGAGAAUUUAUACAGGGAAAUAAGCGAAGCCACGGGUAUUAAUGAACGUAUUAUCCGUACCACCUCCCUUGCGAAAACCAAAAGUAUCGCUAUGAAGCUUUCAUGGGCUUCGGGGCGGAUGACUUCGAGACCGGAAGACAUGGCAUAUUGUUUGAUGGGGUUGCUAGAGGUUAACAUGCCACUGUUGUACGGAGAAGGCUGCCUCAAAGCUUUCCGCCGACUUCAACUAGAACUUAUAAAGGACAACUACGAUCAUACUAUCUUAACCUGGGGGUUGAAUUCGAAGAACACACGAUUCAAUUUUUCGGACGCGAUACCUCUCCUGGCCCAUUCACCUAAUUCCUUCUACGAUUGGGAUUCGUCUGUCAACCCUUUGCCGCCCGAAGGCUCGCACUAUUUUUCAACAAAUCUGGGGUUACAACUCUCGCUUCCAAUCAUAUUUCUUACAGAGAAUAUCGGGUUGGGGGUAUUGGAAUGUGGACGUGAGGGAGAGGGAAAUAGAGUUGCCUUACCAUUAUCCAUAAGGCAUCGUAAGAAUGCUUCCCCAGUCGGGGAAAGGGCCGUUGGUAUCUCGCCAAUUCUAAUUCCAGCAUCGGCUGUAGGUCACCUAAGCCCUACUACUAUUUACCUGAAUGAUAGAACCAGGAAUUUCAGCUCAUACCUAGAACUUAAGAGUUGCAAUUUGAGUUUGUACUCACUAGCUGAUAUCGGAUACACACUUAUCGACUACUUUCCGCCCAAUACUCUCCAAUCGCCAGUUAUUUCACUUGAAGAUCCUACUUAUCUUGAGACAGACAAGCUGCUGCGAUUCUCUCACAAAGUCCUCGAUGACCUAUAUAUCUUAUAUCGCUGCAACACAAAUCUACCAAUGGAGAACUGCCUAAAGAUAUCGAAUAAAUAUGUCGCCAUUGCGAUCCGCCCAAACUCCCAGGGGCUGGAAAGGCAGAGAAAAAAAUCGUGGGAGUUAUUACUUGCCCCUGAUUUUAACAAGAUUGAUUUUGAACAACUCGAAAAGUCUCUUCCGUGGAGCUCGUCGGUGGAAACUAUGCCUAUUGACUACACAGACUUGAGGGGCGAAACGCGGAGAACUCCAGUUCGGAUUCAAUUUAAGUAUGAAUAUGAUACAUUCAUUAUAUCGUGCUGGGGUACCUCAAACCCAACCCCAAGACUAGGGCGACGAGAACGCAGAGGGGAUCGCAAGUAGUGGAACCCUAUAACCAACCACUUGCAAAGCCCUCCCCUGGGGGGGCUUAGAAUCAGGCCGACAGACAAGUAGUGAUCGCUAAUCAGGGAAUGUUGAGCCCCUGAGGCAAGAUUUGGCAUCAUAGUAUCAUCAGGAUCAUAAGUAUCAUGUAUAUACCUAGGUAGUAGAGCUUGCC